AUGAAAUUAGUAUUGGAGCGAGGAUUAUGGGGUUUUGUAAAUGCAACUGAGGAACAGCCAGCUGAAACCGCCACUGCACAGGUAAAAAGUGCGUAUCAACUAAAAUCUGACAAAGCAUAUUCAUUGAUUGCACUAAGCGUUGAUAAGAAUCUACAAGUUCACAUUAGUACAACAACAAAUCCUUUGGAAGCUUGGGAGACACUUCGAAAGCAAUUCGAGUUCGUUUCAAUCACUCAAAUCGUAAGAUUAAACCGCAGAUUUUAUGCUGCUACUAUGAAAGAAGAUGGCGAUAUAAUGGAGCAUAUUACGUACAUGACAACACUGGCAGAGCAAUUGCGAGAAAUGAAAGAGGAGAUUUCAGAUCAGAAAUUUGCCACAAUGAUUUUAGGAAGCCUUCCUGAAUCGUAUGAAAACUUUAUUUCAAGUUUGAAUGCUCAGAAAGUAGAAGAUCUUAAAUGGGAAAAUGUCAAAAGCUUAUUGGUUGAAGAGUAUAUGAAGCGAAAAGAAAAGCAAACAGAGAGUCCAGGUCAGAACGAUGCAUUAUUUUCGAGGAAGAGUAAUUAUUCAUUCCGUGGAAGGAAUCAUCAGUUUCGUGGUGGCAGACAGUAUGGCAACCAUACCCGAGACAGUGGUGUACACAAUCAGAGGAGACAAACCAGAUGCGAGGAAUUAAAUGUUUCAAAUGUGAGAAAUUUGGUCACAUGGUUAAGAACUGUCCUCUUAACAAGAAAUCAAAUGAAUCAAAUAUCACUGAAGAAGGCGAGCAAGAUAAACGUGGAAAUGAAGGAAUAGCUUUAAGCUCUACAUCCACCAAUAAAGGGAAAAAUGAUCAAUGGUUCAUUGAUAGUGGAGCAACUAAACACAUGACAUUUCAGAGGAAUAUUAUAACUGAUUACAAGAAAUAUGAGGAACCAUCUAAGAUCUAUCUUGGAGAUAAUAGAGUCAUCAAAGCAUAUGGCGAAGGAAAAGUGAAUCUUGAAUGUAAUGAUGGUGCAGACAACAUUACUUUAAAUUUACAUAAAGUAUUAUUUGUCCCAGAAAUUAAGAAGAAUCUACUAUCAGUCCCAGCGAUGACCCAAAUGGAAGCUGAGGUUAUAUUCGACGAUGAAAAAUGUUAUAUAAUCAAGAAUGGGAAGACAAUCAACAUUGGACAUUUGCUCGAAAGCAAGUUAUAUGUUGUAAACACUCAACCAGACUAUGUUAACAUUACAACAACAAAAGUCCCAACACUAAGGGAAUGGCAUUGUAGAUAUGGGCACUUAAACUUUGGAUAUAUCAAUAAAUUGGCACAAGGAAACUUAGUCACUGGUAUGAAAUAUACUAAGGGUGAAACCAGCCAAGAAUGUGAAGCAUGCACAAGAGCAAAGAUGCAUCGAAUACCUGUCCCAAAACAAAGCUCUAAUAGAACGACUCAACCGCUGGAAUUAAUUCACAGUGAUGUAUGCGGACCAAUGAACACUGACUCCAUUGGUGGAAGUAAGUACAUUUUAACAUUUACUGAUGAUUACACUAGAUAUGUAACAGUUUAUUUUCUGAAAAAUAAGUCAGAGGUUUAUGAGAAAUUCCAAGAAUAUGUUAGCAUGGUUGAAAACUUUACUGGGUUGAAAGUAAAAACAUUGCGAACAGACAAUGGUGGAGAAUAUGUUUCUAAUGAUUUCUCCAAAUAUUGUGUAAAUAAAGGAAUUGUACAUCAGUACAGUAAUCCUUACACUCCACAGCAAAAUGGUGUUUCGGAAAGAUUAAAUCGAACACUCAUGGAAUCUGCCAAGUCCAUGAUAUUUCAUGCGAACAUGCCGAUCAACUUUUGGGCAGAAGCUGUCAACACAGCUGUGUACUUACACAAUAGAAGUCCCACUACAUCCCUAAAUAUGAAAACACCUUAUGAACUCUGGUUCAGUAAAAAGCCAGAUGUGUCAAACCUGAAAGUAUUUGGAUCAGUUUGUUUCAUCCAUAUACCCAGCAAUCUACGACGAAAGCUUGACCCUAGAUCGCGAAAAGCUGUAUUUAUUGGGUAUCCACUCGACACGAAGGGUUAUAAACUAUAUGAUAUAGAAUCAAAGAAUUUUGUGCGAAGUAAAGAUGUAGUAUUCUAUGAAAACAAGUUUCAUGAUUUUAAAGUAGUCACUAAAGAGUUAAUCAUACGAGAAGAUGUUCCAGAAGAGAAAUUAAGUGUUGAUCAUGAACAACACCAUGAUGCUGAAGAUCAAGUCCCUGUACCGACUGUACCUGACAUUGAGGACGAAGAAAAUUUGCCAGCAGUGGGAGAAUCAUACGAAGAAAGUUUCAUGAAGCAAGUAGAAAAUCUCGAGACAAAGAGACAGAGAAAAGCACCAAAGAAAUUUAGUCCAGACGAGUGCAAUAUUACUGAAUCCUUGACUGCAGAAAACGAAGAGCCACAAUCAAUAAGUGAAGCCUUGAACGGUGCAAAUGCAAGUAAAUGGAAACAAGCAUUAAAAGAAGAAUACAAUUCACUAAUUAGUAAUGAAACAUGGGAAUUGGUACCACCACCGGAAGGGUGUAAUGUCAUUGGAUCGAAAUGGGUGAUGAAAAUCAAGCGUGAUGCAGAUGGGAAUGUUGACCGACAUAAAGCACGGCUUGUUGCUCAGGGAUAUUCACAGACACCCGGAAUCGAUUACGAGGAAGUCUUUUCACCUGUUGCAAGACAUUCCAGUAUAAGAACGCUAUUAGCUUUGGCAAACAAGCACAACUUAGAAAUUCAUCAGAUGGAUGUCAAGACAGCAUUUUUAAAUGGCUACAUAGAACAUGAUAUCUACAUGUCCCAACCGGACGGAUUCGUUGACCAAGAACAUCCAGAAUACGUUUGCAAGCUUAAGAAGAGCUUAUACGGACUUAAGCAAUCAGCGAGGUGUUGGAACCAAACACUCGAUAGUUUUCUGACGAAAAACGGUUAUAGAAAGAGCAAUGCAGAUAAUUGCAUUUAUGUGAAAUCCAUAAAGAAUGACAAUGGAUUCAUAAGUUUUGUGAUUUUGGCUGUGUACGUUGACGACAUAAUUCCUAUCUCAAACGACAUCAACAUGUUAAACGCAGAGAAGGACUUGUUAUGUAAGCAUUUUGAAAUGACGGAUCAAGGAGAAAUUCAUUUUAUACUCGGAAUGACAAUUAAGCGUGACAGAGAAACCAAAACGCUAUUCAUCAGUCAACAGAAGUAUCUAGAGAGCGUGUUGGACAGAUUUGGUAUGGCUAAUUGCAAACCGAUCUCUACUCCUCUUGAAACAACUUACCAUAAGCGAACGGAAGAAGAAGAAGGAUUUGAUAAGAAUUUAUAUCAACAGGCUAUAGGAUGUUUGACAUACAUCUCGACAGCGACAAGACCAGACAUUUCUGCUGCAGUUAGUAUAUUGUCUUCAUACAUGUCAAAUCCCAGCAAGGAACAUUGGAAUGGAGUCAAAAGACUUCUAAGAUACAUAAAAGGAACUUUAAAUUUUGGAUUGAAAUUUACAACGAGUGAAAAUGAUGAUGAGAAUGGAGACGAGUUGUAUGGUUAUUCUGACGCCAACUGGGCAGGAGACGUUGAUUCUAGACGUUCAACCUCAGGUUAUGUGUUUAAAGUCGCAAAUAGUACCGUGAGCUGGUGUAGCAAGAAACAAGCGAGUGUGACGAAAUCAACUACCGAAGCGGAAUACGUAGCAUUAAGCCAAGCAACGCAAGAAGCAAUUUGGAUGAGGGGAUUAUUAUCAGAUAUUGGUUGUAAAAGUGAAGAACCCACUACAAUGUACGAAGACAACCAGGGAGCUAUUGAAAUUUCCAAGAACGCAAGAUUUCAUAACAGGACAAAGCAUAUAGACGUCCGGUUUCACUUCGUAAGAGAAAAAGUAUUAUCAAAUGAAGUUAAAGUUAUCUAUUGUCCAACUGAACAUAUGUUAGCGGACAUAAUGACAAAGGGAUUAACAAAGAAGAUAUUUCAAAGACUAAGAAGCAUGUUGAAUGUUUGUUCAUACUAA